CGUGUCAUUCACUCGAGCCGGACCCGUGGGUUUCUUGCAUUCAAUUCAACACGAGUUCAGUCCCGAUCCCCAGAUCCGCCACGAGAGAAUAAAGAGAAGCCGGUCGACCGUUACUCGCGGAUGCCGUUGCGCCGGCGCGCCGUUUCAAAUUUCGAACCCCUCGCUUCAUCAUCGUAUUAACACCCAACGGCCCAACCAAACCCAAGAAACCAACCUACCCAACGAGUCCAUGGACGAGAGGAGGGAGAUGGAUCUGCCAGCGGCAAGGAGAGCGGCCACCGCCAGCGGCACCCCCACGGCGACGCGCGGCUCCAGCACGGGCUCCUCCUGCUCCUCCAGCUCCAACCCCGCCGCCUCCGCCUCCACGGGGACGCCGCCUCCCACCACCAUCGUGCCGUGGGCGGCCCGCGCCGGGGGCGCGGGGGACAGCUGCUACUACCCGGGGUGCCGCAAGGACGCCAACUGCGCCUGCGAGAUGUGCCUCGCCAGCAUCAACGCCACGCGGGACCUCAUCCUCGCGCCCGAGGCGGCCGCCGCGCGCAGGUUCUUCGCCGGCGCCGCCAGGGACCGGAGGCCCGCGCUCUUCUGCCGCGACCGCGACUCGGCGACGGGAUCCGACGUGACGGAGCCGUGGACGCCGCUGAUGUGGUCCACGGCCAAGUCCAGGCGGCCCGGGCGGGCGGCGGAGGCGGCAGCCGGGGGCCGCGGGAAGAGAGCCGGGUCGCACGACUGGGCGCUCUACGCGGCGACUGUUCUUGGGUUCUUGAUUCUUCUGUGGGUGGACACGGGGCUCGUCCCGGAGGCCGCGGCGAGGGGGUUCGGGCCAAAGUUGUCGCCGGAGGCUGUGGCGUGGGUGGGGGCCGAGGCGCGACUCGCGCCUGGAGGCCUGGACAACAAACUGGGUGUCCUGGAGCAGCGGGUCGGGCACCUCGUCGGCGGCGAGAGGGUCGCCAACUGCAGCUCACAAGACUCUGUCUGGCAAUUCCACCAGGAUGAUCAGCAUGUGUUCCACUGGCGCUGCACGGUGUACAAGUCGGCGGCGGAGGAGGUCAGCGUCUGGGGGAGCCCUCUUCGUACCUCCGGCCUCCUCCCGGCCACUCUCUCGCCACGGCACCUCACCCUCCUCGCUGGCAAGAUCACAGAGUGGUCUGACGGGCGGGUGUGGCCGACAGUGAGGGCGAGCAACGGCAGCUCCUGGGGCUACCGGCGUCACAGCGCGGCGGCGGUGCGGCUGGAGCCGGAGACGUGGGUGCUGGAGUACCAGCGGAGCGCGCUGUUCGAGGGCACACGGCUGAUACCGGCCGCCGCGGAGCUGCUCUCUUCCAGGUGCUCGACGAUGGCGCGACGGGCGCGGCGAAGGCUGGCAAGACGGCGGCUUUCCGGUGGCGCACAGGCGAACCCAACCUGAUUUGGGCUGGCCUGAGAUCAUUUUACUCUUUGGGGGUGCUUUUAGCUAGCUCUAGGUUCAUCUCAUCUCCUGUGAGGUCAAUCUGAAUGACUGUUCUUUGGGGUUUUUUUUUUAAUGGGUGUUCUUUUGGUUGGUUGCAGUGAUGUUGUUGGCAGACAGCCGUAUCAGAACGCUGGUAAUCUUUUGUCCAAGUAGUAUUAUUUAGGAUCAUCAACCAUGAUUUAGUACAUGCUUGUACCUGUCAUUUGUGUUGAACCACGAAGUUGAGGCCCAACCGCAU